ACUUUUAUAAGAAGUAAAAAACUUUUUUCCGUCUUGCCGUUGCCCAGAUACAUACAAGUACAGUCAGUUCUAGGUGUGUUGGAAUCAUCUCGUGGGACUUUCUUAACGCCAAUAAGCCAAUGAAGCUAUAGACCAGGGUUUAGUUUGGUGUAUACAGCGGCAGAAGAGUCCUUGCUCGCAGUAUCGUCUCUCAAACGCUCAGCAAAAAAGUCUUGCUUCUUUCUUUACUUCUUUUACUUCUUUUCCUCUGCUCUGCACCGAGUAGCGAUAAGCUGGCUAAGCUUAACCGGAAACUUUCGACGACACGACACUCUUCGAGACAUUUCUCCCAUUUUCCUUAUGGAAUAAGCCUUUAGGCAAUCGAAACUUUGACAUCCCACCAAAGACACACGACAAUAAACCUGAAGACUUUCAGACCCAAUAUCUCCUCUCGCAACAACGCUUACAUCACAUAUCCUAUCAAAUUAUUAUCAAGUCGGAUCAUACGAGAAAAUCAUAAGCUACAAGAAUAAGCUACAUCAAAUCCAACUCUCGAGCCUUGAACCUUUAUGAGGUGACAAACACCAAAUCACAUAGCCUCGCCUUUAAAGAUGGCCCAUUUUGACGCUUAUGGUCGUCCACUGCGAGGCGAUUCAGGCCCGGAAUAUGGGUAUGAGACCUACAAGACCUACGAUUUCAAUGAUCCCAACAGGCACAUGCCUACCUAUUCAAACCCCUCGACCUCGACUAGAUAUGCUCCGGAAUCUCGAGAUUUACCUUAUGCUUCCCAAAGCGCAUCAAGUGCUCGACCACUUUCACCACAACAGUCAUACUCAUCAAACAACAAUAUGGGAACGGCAUAUGGCUCUGACCGUGGCUCCGCUGUAGAUAGCGAUUCGGUAUCGCCUGACAUAAUCGCAGCAAUCACUGAGAAGGUUAAAAGAGAACGUAAGUAUAUGUUGUGCAUCUCUUCACUGCAUGUUUGUUAUUUUUGCCGUUGAGCCUCGCCGAAAUGCCCAUGCUUACUGAAACCUAUUCACUUAGUUUUCGAACAUCUCAAGCAAACAGGCACCAUUGAUGACCAACCACGAGCUUCGUAUAUGCAACGUGAAUUCUCAGAGAAAUCCAACUCUACAAAUCAAUCUCCUCCUCCAGAUAAUCGCAGAGUUUACACUCCUCCUUCACCAUCUUCUACGACCAAACAAAGCUUUUCCACUCCACCUACAGAACCUAUGAGAUCCCCUCCUCUAAGUCCAUCCUUGGAUAAGUCUUCUAGGUUCAAUGACCGUGAUCGGGAUCGGGAUCGUGACCGUGGAUAUAAUGAUCGACCGGCGCAGAAAGUUCACCGCACAUAUUCGACCUUGGAAUUAUCUACAAUUGAUCACAAAUGGGGUCGGUUGUUUGAUAAUGAAUCCCGGCCUACGGAAAGGUUGGGGCAGUUCUUGAGAGGUCUUGCGAAUCAUAUUGUUAGUCUUCCCAUACUUGGAUGAGGCAUUUCGGUGGAACAAGGCUUCACAGAAAUGUUUUAUCUUCGACCCAAUCGGAAGUUGUGUUUGAAAAACGUACUGAUGUCAUUCACAGGUUGAUGACUUUGCGCCCAAAAAGAGUAUUGUGAUCACACCUUCGAAAAUGGCAGCAUACUAUAGCGCAUAUCCUAUCGGCAAGGAAAUUCAUCCAUAUGUUUGUAAGGUUCCUUGACUUCUACCAUUAACUUUAUUCAUGCUCACAUUCUAUAUCUAGCCGUUUUCAAAACCCUCUCUAACGCCCAAAUUUCGAAGCUAUACCAAGAUCUUGGAUGUCAACAUCAUCUAGUCCAAGAAGAUUUUCAUUCCUACCCUACAAUACCAGCCUUGACUCCACUUGGAUUUGCACACUGGAUGACAAUUCAAAUUUCUGCUUACCCCAGUGAAGAGUCAGAGAGAUUAGGAAAAGUUGUCUUAGCUUUACCGAUUAAUGCCGAUGGGCAAAUGGUGGAUGGAAAACCGGAACGUUUACCAAAACAAAUCUCCCGCCACUUGUUACCUGAUGUUGGGGAUCGCGACUCGGAAAAAUUGAUGCGAACCGCAAUAUCUAACUUCUCUGAUGAGCUUGGCAUUCCUCAAAGCAGCAGAAAUAAACCAAGAACCUCUAGCCCACCACCUCGUCAGUCUACGCCUGCCGAUCGGUCAAAAUCCCGUCCUGAUGACAUACCUCAGCCCAGAGCCUCUUAUGCGGGGCUGACUGGCAAGUCUAUUGAACGGGAACGAAUGCCUUAUGCCGGUGCACCUUCGGUCACAUCUGAGUCAUCAAGCGUCGAUGAAGGAUCGGCGGUACAAAUUGAACGUGAAAGGAAACCAUAUUCCGCUCAGCCUGGUAAUGGCAAAAUCUAUACCGGGCCCAAUAACGUCAAUACUUCAAAUAGGCCUGGCAGGGCGAAUUCCACUAGUCGAGUAAAAGAGCCUCAAGAACGUGAGCGUAGUCGGUCAAGACAUGAUCGUACGCAAAGCAAUGCUAGCCAAGAUAAUUAUAAGCCACCACCACUGUCAUCUACCAAACGCAAUCGCAGCCCGCAAUUCAAGAGCUACAGUCAAUCUACACCUACCAAUAUUGAUGUUGGGUCUACUUAUGUGCCAUCACCUGCUAAUUUCCCUCCUACCUUCGAAACUUCGUCAUAUGGAUCUAACGCUUCCUUUCCUCCGCCACCCUCUUCUUCAGAAAUUCACAGUUCGAGAGAUAGAAGACGAGAUGAACGGUCUCACCGCAGAGGAGUAGAAGAUGACCGUUUCUCAAGUAGUACUCAUAUCAAUGACUUUUCAAGUCCAAGAGAUGCGGAGAAAUGGGAUAGGUUGCAUGAGGGACUCGACUCGAGAAGUAGUGAUUAUGACCGCGAUCGUCCAACUAAAUCUACAGGUUCCGCCUAUAGUGAACACAUGACUAGGAGUUCAUAUAUGGAACCACAAGUUGGCGCUGAUUAUGAAGAUUGGUAUCGAAAUGGAGUUGACAAGAGUAUGAGAAAUAGUAUGUAUUACUGAUAUGGUAUUUGUGGGAAACGGGGGAUUUAUUAGGUUUUUGGGUAUCAUAUUAACGAACUGGAUUUUUAUUAUGGUAUGAUUUGAUAUGAUGGAAUGAGAGAUGAGAUUUAUGGAUUAUUGUUGAUGGCGAUUUUUAUGUGUUGGGAUACGGUCGUUUGGUUCUGGAAAACUCGUUGUUUUAUUUAGGUAAAUGAUAAGGAUAGGGUUAGGAUAGGGAUGGGGAUAGGGAUUUGAGUAUGAAUAUGGAAAUGGAUAUGAUAGUAAGCAAAGAAAGGGAAGGAAGGAGAAGGGAGGGAAGGGAAAGGAUUCUCGGCAACAUCAAAUGUCGAUGUAUGGAUGUGUUUUCUAUUUAGCGUUGAGAUUCUUUGAUCAUUCAGUCAUGCAAGCAAGUAAGAUACCACUAUCAGAAAUUUUUUAUUGAAUUUAUUAUUUCUAUAUUGGUUUUGGUUUUUAGUUUGGUCUUGAUCUGAAUCUUGAUCUUGAUCUUGAAUUUUGGAUAUUGGAUUUUGU